GCGUAGUGUGGCGUCUGACGUGCGGGCCCGCGCGCCGCAGUUAGCGCAGCCAGCUUUGGUGAAUACACGAUUUGGUGCAGCCGGGGUUUGGUACCGAGCGGAGAGGAGAUGCACACGGCACUCGAGUGUGAGGAAAAGUAGAAAUGAAGGUACAUAUGCACACAAAAUUUUGCCUCAUUUGUUUGCUGACAUUUAUUUUUCAUCAUUGCAACCACUGCCAUGGAGACCAUGAGCAUGGUCCCGAAGAGCAUCACAGACACCAUCAUGGAAUGACGGAGUCGGAGUCAAGCAAAUUUUCAGUGCAGGAUGCUGAAAAUGAAAAAAAAUACUAUAUUGAGAAACUUUUUGACCGUUAUGGUGAAAAUGGAAGAUUAUCCUUUUUUGGUCUGGAGAAACUUUUAACAAACUUGGGCCUUGGAGAGAUUAAAGUAGUUGAGAUUAAUCAUGAGGAUCUUGGCCACGAUCAUGUUUCUCACUUAGAUAUUUUGGCAGUUCAAGAGGGAAAGCAUUUUCACUCACAUAACCAUCAGCAUUCCCAUAAGCAUUUAAAUUCAGAAAACCAAACUGUGACCAGUGUAUCAACAAAAAGAUACCAUAAAUGUGAUCCAGAGAAAGAGACCAUUGAAGUAUCUGUCAAAUCUGAUGAUAAACAUAUACAUGAUCGUAAUCAUCGCUUAUGUCAUCACCAUUGUUUGCGUCAUCACAACCUUGAUUAUAACACUACUCAGCAUUUUCCUAAUGAUUCCAUUACUCACAGUGAGCAUGGGGAGCCUAGCCAUGAACCUUCGACAGAGACCAAUAAAACACAGGAGCAAUCGGAAAGUAAGCUACCAAAAGGAAAGAGGAAGAGGAAAGGGAAGAAGAGUCAUGAAAAUUCAGAGGUUAUUACACCAGGUUUUCCUCCUAACCAUGAUCAGGGUGAACAAUAUGAACAUAAUCGGGUUCAUAAACCGGAUCGUGUACACAACCCAGGUCAUUCUCAUGUACAUCUUCCAGAACAUACUGGUCAUGAUCCUGGUCAUGGACACCAAGAUCCUGAUCCUGAUAAUGAAGGUGAACUUCGACAUACUAGAAAGCGAGAAGCACCACAUGUUAAAAAAAGUGCAAUUUAUUCAGCAGCAAGUCAUAAAGAUCAUAAUGAAGAUGACCGUCAACAUGAGUGCUUGAAUGUCACUCAAUUGUUGAAACACUAUGGUCACGGUCCCAAUUCGCCGAUCUCAGCCGAUCUGUUUACAUAUCUUUGCCCCGCAUUGUUGUACCAGAUUGACAGGAGACUUUGUAUUGAGCAUUUUGAUAAACUUUUAGUUGAAGAUUUAAGUAAGGAUAAAAAUGCAGUUCCUGAAGAUAAGGCAAAUAUAGGGGCAUCAGCAUGGAUUUGUGGCAUCAUUUCUAUCACUGUCAUUAGCCUGCUGUCCUUGCUAGGCGUGAUCCUGGUGCCCAUCAUCAACCAAGGAUGCUUCAAGUUCCUCCUCACGUUCCUUGUCGCUCUGGCUGUGGGAACGAUGAGUGGAGACGCCCUUCUUCACCUACUGCCCCAUUCUCAGGGUGGACAUGAUCACAGUCAUCAGCAUGCACAUGGGCAUGGCCAUUCUCAUGGACACGAAUCCAAGAAGUUUUUGGAAGAGUAUGAUGCUGUAUUGAAAGGACUUGUCGCUCUAGGAGGCAUUUACUUGUUAUUUAUCAUUGAACACUGCCUUAGAAUGUUUAAGCACUACAAACAGCAAAGAGGGAAACAGAAAUGGUUUAUGAAGCAGAACACGGAAGAAUCGACUAUUGGAAGGAAGCUUUCAGACCAUAAGUUAAAUAACACACCAGAUGCCGACUGGCUGCAGCUCAAGCCUCUUGCUGGAACUGAUGACUCGGUUGUUUCAGAAGAUCGACUUAAUGAAACUGAACUGACAGAUUUAGAAGGCCAACAAGAAUCCCCUCCCAAAAACUAUCUUUGUGUAGAAGAGGAGAAAAUCAUGGACCAUGCUCACAGUGACGGAUUCCACACCGUCGAUGAGCACGAUCUCCAUGCUGCCACACAUAACCACCACGACGAGAGUAAAGCCGUGCUGAGGAAACAUGGGCAUCAGUGGCACCACAAGCAUUCGCAUCAUUCACAUGGUCCCUGUCAUUCUGGGUCAGAUCUGAAAGAAACAGGAAUAGCUAAUAUAGCCUGGAUGGUGAUCAUGGGGGACGGCAUCCACAACUUCAGCGAUGGGCUAGCCAUCGGGGCCGCUUUCAGUGCCGGGUUGACGGGAGGAAUCAGUACUUCCAUAGCUGUCUUCUGUCAUGAACUGCCACAUGAAUUAGGUGACUUUGCAGUUCUUCUGAAAGCAGGCAUGACCGUAAAGCAAGCGAUCGUGUACAACCUCCUGUCCGCCAUGAUGGCGUACGUGGGCAUGCUCAUCGGCACAGCGGUGGGCCAGUACGCCAACAACAUCACCCUCUGGAUCUUCGCCGUCACUGCUGGCAUGUUCCUCUACGUGGCCCUGGUGGAUAUGCUUCCAGAGAUGUUGCAUGGUGACGGUGACAAUGAAGAACAUGGCUUUUGGCCAGUGGGGCAGUUCAUUCUGCAGAAUUUAGGAUUGCUGUUUGGAUUUGCCAUCAUGCUGGUGAUUGCCCUCUUUGAAGACAAAAUUGUGUUUGACUUCCAGUUCUGACCAUUCCCAGUGAUCACUGUUGAUUACAAGAGUGUUACUGUGCAGCUUUGCAUCUGUUCCUCGUACUGUACGCGCAUCGCUCAAAGAAAAGUCAGUGGCUUGCACUACUUACCAAUUCCAUACAUUUGAGCCCGCCCCCAAGACUGGUGCUCAGUACUGCUUUCCCUGUGUGAAGGGGGCUUUUUAAAAAAAUGUAAAGCUUGUGAUAUAGAAGGGAGAAAAUGGGAUUCCACGAGACAAUGUGGGUAUAGGUUUAAGACUUUGGAAAAAAAGAAUCAUAUAAAACACUAACGUAAUCUCUUUAUUAGUAGAAACUUCUGUGGCUAUGCAGAAAUAGGAAUUGAACCAAAAAAAAUCACUUAAACUUUAAAAAUAUUUUAAAUGGACUUUGGCAGACUUUUCUUUGUGCUAAACAUGACUUGUAGUGUCCUUUAAUUCAGCUACAUAUAUACAUAUGGUAAUAGGGAUCAACUUGAUGACUUUGAAAUUGAAUAAAGUAGACUGUAGGACCUAGAGGGAAAGCUCAGGCUGCAUUAGAGUAUGAAUUUAGCAUUGGGGAAAGCCCUUAUUCUUGAAUCUAGAGUUACUAUUUUUGUAUAUAUUUGCAUAGUGUUUAAACUUGCAGCCUAAACUACUGAAAUUUGUGAUUGUAUGUUUGUGCGAGCUUCAGUUUAAUGAAAGAUUCAUAAUGGUUCUUUUUAUAAUAUUAUACUUGGUGUUUGGGUUUUGUUUUUGUUUUGUUUUUUUAGCUUUGUUUUGUUUGGGGUUUUUUGGUGGGGAUAGGAGGUUGGAGCAUGUGGUAAAAUGGUUCUUUUGUUACUAAAAUGUAGGUCUAGAAGAUUUCAGAGAAGUGAAGAACCCAAACAUGGUCUAAAUAUUCAAUUUUCCUACUCUAACAGUACUAACUAGUUACUUGGGAAAUUUAGGUUCUGAAUGUGCUUAUCGCUUUACCAAGCUGGCCCUGGGACCAUGCAGUGGCUGGCAGUGACCCACGUGGGCCGUGUCCGUGAUCUGUGCAUGGAGCGUGCAAACAGUCCUGCGGUGAUCUUCACUGACACUGGCUGUCAUAGCACUAAGUGACUUGGAAGAUAUAUUUAACUAACUCAGCUGAAAUCACUUGAUCAUUUUGUGCCAAGAUAUGCUGUUAGUGCCUAACAGGGAUUAGUGUCUUUUUUAGGUGCCCUGUUCUCCUACCGUAAUUGUGAUUGAUUUGUGAGAAGUGCAAGCCAUGUUUAUUCUGAAUUUUGACCUAAUAAUUUGUAGCCCAGUGGACGCAUGUAGCCUUCUGUUUACACAUUGUGCCACAUGGUCUUCAUUUAUGCAGGUAAACUGUGUUUCAACUGUGCGGGCAGCUUUCUUUUCAUCUGCUUGGCUACCAGUGUAGCUGCUUUAAAAAUCUUACUGUUCAAAUAUUGAAGAGCCAAACUCUUUCCAUUCCAUUGUAAUGUUUUCAUUUAGUUCUCUUCCUUUCCCAUGAUUCUUUCAUCUUACUCCGUAACUCUGAAACAAAACUGAAGCUUUGAGAGCAGCGCAUGUAUCCAGGUGUUAAUGGAGUACUGCCAGGGUUUCUUCUGUACCCUGUAAGCAAGGGAGUUCAGGUCUUCUUCUAUUAAUUUAUGCCUGAACUUGGAAAAUUAUUUCUGGCUUUCUCCAUGGUCUCCUGUAACAAGUAGGAGUUUUAAACGGAGAGUAUUUUCAGCGUUGGGCACUGAAUUAGGACAGUCCUCAUCUCAUUGCUUGGCCUUCAAGCAACUGAGCUAAACGGUGCUGGUAUUUUGUUUAGUAUUGCCAAAUUCAAGUGAUUCAAGGGUCUUGCUUUCUGAACCCAGAUAUAUUUAUAGUUCUUUUGGGGGUUUUGUAUCCAAAGCGGAUUCUGCAUUCCACCAUUAUUAAAUCUGCUUAAUUUAAAAACUUUUAUGAAAAGCAACAGCUGGAAUAUACUCCCAUUCUUAAAUUCCUAAUUUAAAGUGAAUAGGUUAUGCUGAAGUAUAUAUAGUUUUAGAUUUUCUCAAAAAUGGUAUUAUCUUUAUUUGCUGGAUCUUUUUAACUUUUUAAGAAGGCUGUACCAGUUGCUGCUAGUAUUUUGUUAGGGUUCCACCAGUAUUUAGUUUUCACAUCAUUCUAGUGUAUGAUUUCAAGUCUUACUAGACAAUCUCAAUUCCACUACAUUUCUGUUUGGCUCCAACAUUCCAUUUAGCGUGACCACUCUACGUUAACAUGUGUUUGUCGGAGUUCAUUGCUGUUACUUGUACAAUGCUGUCACUGUGUGACGUCCAUAUGAAAUUUGGUGUAUAUCACAUUGCAUUCAAUCAGCUGUGAUUAUGCUUAGAAAUACUAUAGUAACUAGAUGCAGUGUGAAUUUUUUCCAUUAACAAUAAGUCAGUGGCUUAAAUGUGAUUAUGGUCCUGCAAGGUGAUACUUGCUAAAAUAGCUAAACUUUUUUUGUUGUUGUUGUUAUAACUGAAUCAUUUUUAAAAAAAUUUUUAAAGCUGGAAAUGAUCAAAUGCUGUUUUUUUCAUUGUCAACAGUGGUGUGUCAUUUUAUGUAUGUUCCUAAUGCUUAUGGAACUCUCCCAAAAUAAAGUUA